CCAUGACGUCAUCACAAAGCGACAGGGAAGCACUGCGGUGCUCGUCCUUCACUACGCUCCGCUUACAGAACGUCAAACUAAAAGGCACAGUCAGUGUUUCUCAGAUGUUUCUUAGUUUAUGGAGUAACAUAAGCAAACAGAAGAAGUAGUUGGGAGAAAGACAUUAUUUCACAAAUUAUCAACGUUUAAUUCGGCGAGUGACAGAUGAGCCUUUGAGACUCUUCACGUCAGCUAACGUUAAGGUCAGUUUACCUUCUUCUUUGCGUAGUGAUCGCUGAGACCGAUUGAAAGACGGAAGAGUUCACCUGUAACACCUGGUCCCUAGUCACCUCGUCAGAGUAGCGAUGACCGCUCCGAACUCGACGGAAAGGAAGGCCUGCUGGGACGCGAGGGACCGUCUGUGGAAAUGUCUGGAUGACAAUGGUGACAAAGUUGCCUCCUGCCACAAGUUCCAGAGCGAGUUUGAGGCGGAUUGUCCCUCGCAGUGGGUGAAGUAUUUCACCAAGAGGAGAGACUUCCUAAAGUACAAAGACAGGAUGCAGGCAGAAGGAUUCAAACCUGCUGAAGAGACACAGCAACCUUCCUCCUAAUACCUGGACCGCAGGCCGAAAAAAUUUCAGCCUCAUUUGGCCGACAGGGUGGAGGCACGGGAGUCUCCUAACUCUUUUUUUUAAAUGGACAGAAUACCUGAACUGCGCCUGUGUCGUUAUGUGUUUGUAGAGAUAAAUGCUGAAUCCAGAUGUUUAAAAGAAAGAAAACCAAAGGGACAAUUGACAGAAAAGAUCCACGGUUAAAUGUAUCAGGUAAUUUGAAUUUACCCUCUAAACGACAUGUCCCAUUUAUUGAUGUGGAAUAAAAAUAAUAAUAAUAAUCAGUGUGGCCCUUACUCAUAUACAGAGGUGUAGUCUACCUCAUGAUCAAUUAAGUUUAAUAAUCCCCAAUUAAUACUAGUAAUGACCGUAUCCAGCAGUAGUCCGACUUGUGUUGCUUGUAAAUAAAUAAGACCCAUACAAUCAGGGUUUUAAGUUG